AUGGGAAGAAGCUAUGAUUACAGUCCAUCGCCACCAAGAGGUUACAGGAGAAGAACUCGCAGCCCAAGUCCUCGUGGUCGUUAUGGAGGCCGUGGUAGGGACCUCCCAACUAGUCUUUUGGUGAGGAAUCUUCGUCGGGAUUGUAGGCCUGAUGACCUUCGUAGACCAUUUGGAAAAUUUGGUCGCCUUAAAGACAUAUAUCUGCCAAAGGAUUACUACACUCGGGAACCUAAAGGAUUUGGGUUCAUCCAAUACUUUGAUCCUGAGGAUGCUUCUGAUGCAAAGUACCAUAUGGAUGGGCAGAUGCUGCUUGGAAGGGAAAUUACUGUUGUUUUUGCAGAGGAAAACAGGAAGAAGCCUUCUGACAUGAGGGACAGGGAAAGAAUGAGUGGCAGAGGCCGUUCUUAUGAUCGGAGGUUGCGCUCAAGGUCACCUGGUUACAGCGAUUCUCCUAGGGGUAGAUCAAGGUCCCACAGCCCAAGCUACUCGCCAGCACCUAAGCGAAAGCACUAUUCAAGUGAACUUCCGUGCUCAAAUGUGUCUGAAGUUUGUAGUUGCAUGUUUGCUUUUGUAUGGUUUAUUUAUCCCUGUGAUAUGGUACCCUUGCGAUGUAUUGUUACAAGCGCGCAGGGCUGA